AAAUAUCACCCUAUAAAUACCCUUUCACUCUUCAUUUUCUUUCUUCAAACCAAACCAAAACUCACACAAAGAUGGUCCAAAUAACUCACACCAAAUUCAUUCUUUCACCCUCCACCUUCUUCUUCUUCUUCUUCCUCCUCAUCGGAUUCCUUCUCCUCUCCACUGGAGAAUCAAGAACUCCGUUUGCAUGUGAUCCCAGUAAUCGGGGAACUAAAGACUUCCCGUUUUGUCGGAUAAACUUACCCAUUGGAGUUAGGGUUAAAGAUUUGUUAGGACGUUUGACUUUACAAGAGAAGGUAAGAUUAUUGGUAAAUAAUGCCGCCGGUAUUCCUCGGUUGGGGAUUCAGGGAUAUGAAUGGUGGUCGGAGGCGUUGCAUGGUGUCUCCGACGUCGGUCCUGGGACUAAGUUCCUUCCCGAGUUUCAUGGCGCCACGCAGUUUCCUCAAGUUAUCACGACUGCAUCCACGUUUAACGACACUUUGUGGGAGGAAAUCGGAACGGUUGUAUCAAAUGAAGCACGUGCAAUGUACAAUGGAGGAAAAGCAGGGCUAACAUUUUGGAGUCCAAAUGUGAAUAUAUUUCGAGAUCCGAGGUGGGGUCGAGGUCAAGAAACACCAGGAGAGGAUCCAGUAUUGUCUGCUCGAUAUGCUGUUAGAUAUGUGAAAGGACUUCAAGGCAAUGUGGGUAACAGAUUGAAAGUUGCGGCAUGUUGUAAGCACUACACUGCUUAUGAUCUUGAUAAUUGGAAUGGAGUUGAUCGUUUUCACUUCAAUGCAAAGGUGAGUAAACAAGAUUUGGAGGAUACAUAUAAUGUGCCCUUCAAGGCUUGUGUUUUAGAAGGUAAAGUUGCUAGCGUAAUGUGUUCGUACAAUCAAGUUAAUGGGAAGCCUACAUGUGCGGAUGAGAAUCUCCUCAAGAACACAAUUCGUGGGACUUGGCGCCUCAAUGGAUACAUCGUUUCGGACUGUGAUUCGGUUGGAGUUAUGUAUACCAGUCAACACUAUACCGCAACACCAGAAGAUGCAGCUGCUGAUAGCAUCAAAGCAGGUCUUGAUUUGGAUUGUGGCCCGUUUUUGGCCGUGUAUACGGAAGGAGCGAUAAAACAAGGGAAAUUGAAAGAGGCUGAUGUUGAUGGGGCCUUGUACAAUACAAUGGUGGUUCAAAUGCGUUUGGGCAUGUUUGAUGGGCCUAGGCAACCUUACGCAAACUUAGGGAUACCGGACGUGUGCUUAAGGUCUAGUGACCAUCUUGCGCUAGAAGCGGCCCGUCAAGGGAUUGUCCUUCUAGACAACCGUGGAAAAGGCCCACCAUUGUCAACAACGCUACAUCGUACCGUUGCAGUUGUUGGUCCAAAUUCAGAUGUCACUGUCACCAUGAUAGGCAACUAUGCAGGAAUUGCUUGCGGAUAUACUACGCCCUUACAAGGUAUAGCUAGAUAUGUGAAGACAAUUCACCAAGCAGGGUGCGCUGACGUGAGUUGCAAAGGAAACCACCUUAUUGGAGCUGCAGAAGGAGCUGCUCGACGAGCUGAUGCAACGGUAUUGGUCAUGGGCCUUGAUCAAUCUAUUGAAGCCGAACAAAGAGAUCGGGUCGAUGUACUCUUGCCUGGACAUCAACAAGAGCUAAUAUCUAGAGUUGCCAAAGCUUCAAGAGGCCCGGUCGUGCUUGUCCUUAUGUCUGGUGGCCCUCUAGACAUCACUUUCGCUAAAAAUGACCCUCGGAUUUCGGCUAUAAUUUGGGCCGGAUAUCCGGGUCAAUCAGGAGGAACUGCAAUCGCCGAUGUUUUAUUUGGAACAACAAAUCCAGGAGGAAAGUUGCCUAUGACAUGGUACCCACAAGAGUAUUUGGCCAAGGUGCCGAUGACAAAUAUGGCAAUGAGGGCUGACCCGGCCCAUAACUACCCAGGCCGGACCUACCGUUUUUACAAAGGGCCUGUGGUCUAUCCAUUCGGGCACGGUCUAAGUUACACAACUUUCCAACAUUCCAUAGCUCAAGCCCCAACAUCGAUUUCAGUCUCUAUGGUACCAAUCCACCUUGAAAACAGCAAUACAACAACCCUAGCCAACGGAGUUCGUGUAUCCCACACAAAAUGUUCGAACCUCCUAAUGGGACUACACGUCGACGUUAAGAAUACAGGAACUAUAGAUGGGGCCCAUACUGUGAUGGUGUUCUCGAGCCCACCACAAGGGAAAUGGGCCACAGACAAGCAAUUAGUGGGCUUCCAAAAGGUCCAUGUGGUGGCUGGUGGGCUACAAAGGGUCAAACUUGACCUUCAUGUGUGCAAACACAUGAGUGUGGUGGACCAAUUUGGGAUCCGAAGGGUUCCAAUGGGUGAACACACCCUACACAUUGGUGAUCUUAAGCAUUCUUUAACUAUCAGCCCAACUAUAGAAGAAAUUAAGUAUUGAUGAUGUUCUUUUUUUUUCAUAUUAGACCUUUAACUAUCAAAAGUUCCAUUUUUUACUGUCCUACUUUUGCCCCUCGGUUAAACAGAAACUGUAAAUGGGGUGUUUAGUAGCAUAUUUUAGUUUUCUUUUUUAAUUCAAAAGAAAAUUAUUAAGGGACUAAAACCCUAUAGGUGUGAGGUGCUUAAUUUGUUUGGUUUGUAUAUGUAACUUUCAAUUAAAGAAAUUUAAAGAAAGGAUGUGAAUAAACAUAUUUCUUUCAUCAA